CUCCAGCGCGGAGCCCGCCCAAGAUGGCGCUCGACGAGUACUACCGCAACAAGAUCGAGGCGAUGAAGCUCGAGAUCCUCAAGGGUCAGGCUGCUCUCCGCCGUCUUGAAGCCCAGCGCAAUGACUACAACUCCCGGGUCCGGUUACUGAGAGAAGAGCUGGGCCUGCUGCAGCAGCCUGGAUCCUACGUUGGAGAGGUCGUCAAGGUGAUGAGCACCAAGAAGGUCCUGGUCAAAGUACAUCCCGAGGGCAAAUACGUCGUCGAUGUAUCCGACAAUGUCGAAAUUUCAAAACUCACACCCGGAAAGCGAGUCACGCUCUUGUCAGACAGCUACAAGCUCGAGAAGAUGCUGCCGUCAUCGGUCGACCCCCUGGUAUCGCUCAUGAUGGUAGAAAAGGUCCCCGACAGCACAUACGACAUGAUUGGUGGACUGGAUCAGCAGAUCAAGGAGAUCAAGGAGGUGAUUGAGCUGGGUCUGAAGCAUCCCGAGCUCUUCGAGUCUUUGGGCAUCGCCCAACCCAAGGGUGUCUUGCUAUACGGACCCCCCGGUACCGGAAAGACACUGCUGGCCAGAGCUGUGGCCCACCACACGGCUUGCAAGUUUAUCAGAGUCUCUGGUUCCGAAUUGGUGCAAAAGUACAUUGGUGAAGGUAGCCGCAUGGUCCGAGAGUUGUUCAUCAUGGCCCGAGAGCACGCUCCGUCAAUCAUCUUCAUGGACGAAAUCGACAGCAUUGGCUCCUCUCGAGUGGAGGGCUCAUCAGGUGGCGACUCCGAAGUGCAGCGAACCAUGCUGGAGCUGCUGAACCAGCUGGACGGCUUCGAGCCUACCAAGAACAUCAAGGUCAUCAUGGCCACGAACCGCCUCGACAUCCUAGACCCCGCUUUGCUGCGACCCGGCCGUAUCGACCGCAAAAUCGAGUUCCCCCCGCCCAGCAUCGAAGCCCGAGCCGACAUUCUCCGAAUCCACAGCCGUAAGAUGAACCUGACAAGAGGCAUCAACCUGACCAAGAUUGCCGAGAAGAUGAACGGCUGCUCCGGAGCCGAGCUCAAGGGUGUGUGCACAGAAGCGGGCAUGUAUGCUCUCCGUGAGAGGAGAGUACACGUCACGCAGGAGGACUUUGAGCUGGCAACUGCCAAGAUUCUCAACAAGCACGAUGAUAAGGAGGUUUCUCUUGGCAAGCUGUGGAAGUAG